GCGCCGGGGACCCCGCGGAGCCGUUGCCCAGCCCGCCGGGCUCGGCAGGGAUGCAGGCUGCGCUGUGAGCACGGGCGCGAAGGCCAUGUCCGGCGCCCGCUGCCGGACCCUGUACCCCUUCUCCGGGGAGCGGCACGGCCAGGGGCUCCGCUUCGCCGCGGGCGAGCUGAUCACGCUGCUGCAGGUCCCGGACGGCGGCUGGUGGGAAGGCGAGAAGGAGGACGGGCUACGCGGUUGGUUCCCGGCAAGCUACGUGCAGUUGCUGGAGAAGCCUGGAAUGGUCCCCCCUCCGCCAGGAGAGGAAAGCCAGACCGUCAUCCUCCCACCUGGCUGGCAGAGCUACUUGUCUCCUCAGGGCCGGCGUUACUAUGUCAACACGACCACCAAUGAGACCACCUGGGAACGCCCCAGCAGUUCUCCUGGGAUUUCAGCCAGCCCUGGCCCUCACAGGAGCUCUCUGCCUCCAACAGUGAAUGGAUACCACGCAUCAGGGACCCCAGCGCACCCUCCAGAGACUGCCCACAUGAGUCUCCGAAAAUCCACCGGUGAUUCCCAGAACCUGGGAUCCUCCUCACCAGGCAAAAAGCAGAGCAAGGAAAACACCAUCACAAUAAACUGUGUGACGUUCCCUCACCCAGACACAAUGCCUGAACAGCAGUUGCUGAAGCCAACAGAGUGGAGCUACUGCGACUAUUUUUGGGCGGAUAAGAAGGACCCCCAGGGCAAUGGCACCGUGGCUGGGUUUGAACUGCUGCUCCAGAAGCAACUGAAAGGCAAACAGAUGCAGAAAGAGAUGUCGGAAUUCAUCCGGGAAAGGAUAAAGAUUGAAGAAGAAUAUGCAAAGAACUUAGCUAAGCUCUCUCAGAACUCCCUGGCUGCACAAGAGGAAGGCUCCCUGGGAGAAGCAUGGGCCCAGGUGAAGAAGAGCCUUGCAGAUGAAGCUGAAGUUCACCUCAAGUUCUCUGCCAAGCUCCACAGCGAGGUAGAGAAGCCCCUGAUGAACUUCCGAGAGAACUUCAAGAAAGACAUGAAGAAGUGUGACCACCACAUCGCUGACCUCCGCAAGCAGCUUGCCAGCCGCUAUGCCUCGGUGGAGAAGGCCCGGAAAGCCCUCACUGAGAGGCAGAGAGACCUGGAGAUGAAAACCCAGCAGCUGGAGAUCAAGCUGAGCAACAAGACAGAAGAGGACAUCAAGAAGGCGCGGAGGAAGUCCACACAGGCUGGAGAUGAUCUCAUGCGCUGUGUGGACCUCUACAACCAGGCCCAGUCCAAGUGGUUUGAAGAGAUGGUGACCACCACGUUGGAGCUGGAGCGGCUAGAGGUGGAAAGGGUGGAGAUGAUCCGGCAACAUCUGUGCCAGUACACACAACUGCGGCACGAGACGGACAUGUUCAACCAAAGCACAGUGGAGCCUGUGGACCAACUGCUUCGAAAAGUGGACCCGGCCAAAGACAGGGAGCUGUGGGUCAGAGAGCACAAAACAGGCAACAUUCGCCCUGUGGACAUGGAGAUCUAGACUCGCCUGGGCGGCCCCUGGGGUCCUGCGCAGGAGAGGAACUGGGGUCCCACAGAGGGGCGGCCUCGCUGGGUGGAGCUGCCCUCCCACCCACUCUUUUGGUCCACUGAGGAGAGGGAGGGAAAAGCUGGUGAUUCCAGAGGGCGACUUGAACAGCCCAGCUGGGCUUUGCCCAGCAUUCCCUGACCAAGACAACCUUGGACACAACCCUGCCCUUGUCUCUGAGACCCCCAACUCCCAUGCUGUGCUUGUGGCUCUGAGAACAAACUGAGGCUGGAACUUUGUGGUCCCUGCUGACCUCCACGGGGUGACUGUCACACACUUCUGUUCCCAGAUGCCCCGCGGGCCGUCCUCCAGCGUCCCCCUUGUCUGCAGGGCUGUGGAAGAUCGGGAGGGAUGUGUCUGUGUCCAAGCCAGGGUCAGGGUCAGCAUUGUGGAUAGAAGGUGCCAUUUGGCUCACAGCCCUCACCCGAAACUGUGUGCAGCCCUCCCUCUCUAUUUUCUACUGUUGCAUCUGGGGAGCCCGCAUCUGAAUUUCUUGACCGCUUCUCAUCCCCAGCGGGCUUGGGAAGAAGGCUUGGCUCCUCUCUUCCCAGACCUACCCUGCCUGAACAGGUCAGGAUGGAACUACCUCAUUUGGCAAAUUAGCCCCUAGUUGGAGCAUUAAAUCAUGGCUCCUAUCAGAUCAGGCAUUAUCUGUAAAAUCUCCCCAGAAGACCCCAAUCCACUUCUCCCUCUCCUGCCUUCGGAAGAAAACCUCUGCCCCAUCCCGAUACCCCAUCCCAGUCUCAGCAGAGGAAGUUUUCCAGAGUUCUCAGCCAGCAACAUCUCGUCCAGCUGUGUGCUUGUCCACGGAAGCAAGCCAGCUCAUCUCAGAAACCAGCCAGCCACAGGAGACCGCAGGGUCUGUCUGCCCACUGCCCUCUUCAUCACUGACCGCCCUGGCCUCUGCUCCCCGAGGCUGCCCACCAUGGCUUUGUGGGGAUGGGCAGUCCCACAUGGGAGACAGGUCAGGCUGAGUCCAGGCCAUCUCUAGACAGCUCGGUCUGCUCAUGCACAGUGGGGUUGGGAAUGCUAGCUCUUGUUCAGGCACUGGACAGGCACUGCAAACUGUCACACGGCUGCAGUAAGUCAUUAACAUGCAAGCAGCAUCACAGCGCCGAGCCUCACUGUGUACCAGCACCUCCCUCCGCUCUGCCCAGCUUCCCUGGAGAAGCCCGGGCAAGUGAGACCUAGGAAGCUUUCGGCACUGCCCCUGGGUCCAGCUCAUCUCUUCUUUCCUUCCUCUAGUACAGCAGAUGUGUUCUGGGUCACAGUAAUCUAGAGAAUCUGAGGGGGACGGGGUGGGGAUGGGGAUAUUAGAGAUCACACAGUGAUGGGGGCAGAUUCUAGCUGGGAACCUGAGCCCUGAACACCCAUCUUCCCCAUCUUUCCAUUGAUGACUUUGCAUUUGACCAUCCCUCUCCCAUGAGGGCCAAAUCCUAUGAGCUGAUCGUCCCUCCAUCUUACAUGCUAGUAACGGAUGAUUUCUAAGUUUCGGAUCUUUUGGCACCUCUUUUAGUUUACAUCAGAAAGAUGUCUGGUCCACUAAAGCAAACCGAACUGUCAUUUUUCUUACUGGAACAUUCCAACCCAGAGGCCAGCACAGAGGUGUCCACCAGGAUGAAGGCUGGGAUCUGUCCGUGUGGUGGAGAAGCAGUAUCCCACAGAAAAGAGUCUGGAAUUGCCUCUUCUUUGUCUAGGAUUGGGCUAUGAUACCAGCUGCCAAUUUUAGGGUACUAGUUCUUGAUUUCUUUAUUAAAAACAGGUGCUAGUGGUAAUUGCUUUGUGGCUUAGUAAACUAAUUUGUGGGUGAUUUGCAAGCAUUUGAAGCCAAUGGCCUUGUAAUUAACACGGAUAUUUUGAGUGCAAUAUGACUUACCGACUGUCUCCUCUUUCCCGUGUGAGGGUUCCUGAGUCCUCUGGCCCUGGGACGGAGCAGGCUCCCGCCCCUUCCAGGGUACCCCGAAUUGGCCCAUUUUCAGAAGUCCUUCUUUCCCCUUAUCCCCUCACCCUCAUCCCUUGAGCUCAUUCACAUACACCUUCUUUUUCUUCCUCUCUCAGUUCAUUCAUCAGGUAUUUAGUUAAGGUCAAGCAGUGUGCCAGGACCUAAUCUGACAAUGAGAUACAGCUCUGCCAUGGAGAAGCGUCGGAGCUUGUUUGGUGUAGAUUUGUCUUUUCCCCAGUGGCCUGGCAGGUGGAUAACGUUGGCAUCGGCAUAAAGGUACUCUACAGAAUUGAGAUGUGCAGAGGUACUGUCUGUUGGGCUGAUUAAUCUUCAUUCAUUCAUUCAUUCAUUACCAUGCUGAGUGGUAGAACCAUAGUUGUGUAUAAGAUGAGCACUGCCCCUUCCUCUGCUCUCCCUUUGCACAGAAGAAUGUUAGGAGCUUUUUAGAGAGGAGGAACAUCACUCUCUAUUUCUACCCAGUGGGAUUCUGAAUUGUAAAACAACUGCCUUGAGCUAUUUAUCCGGUGGGUGGAAGGGCGGCAGCAACAAUAUUUUAAUCCCCUGGUCACCAGACCAUCGUGGCCCAGAUCCAGCUCUAAUUUCACAGAUUUCUUUUGUUGGUUUCCAAUAACUCUCCUUGCUAUACGAAUAGGAGGAAUGAAGCCCCAGCACAGCCCGAGAGUGCCAGGGAACGGUGUGAGGAGCCAAAUCCAUCCCCCGUUCCUGUUAACAGGACCCCUCCAGCCGUGAGUAAAAUCAAGAUUAAGAUGAAGUCUAGAAAAUCUAAAAUGUACCUUGGAGUAAGAAGCACAGUAUCCAGGCUAUUGUCUUUGUUUUUAAGGUGCUGGGAAUGGAACCCAGGGCCUCAUGCAUGUUAGGCAAGCACUCUACCACUGAGCUGCACCCCCAGUUCUGUUGGGCAUGGUUUCACAUUUGUCUUGCUGCUUAGGUUAUGAGAGGAUUUGGCUGGGUUUAUUCAGGGUGAGUAAACAGCCAUUGUUUGGUUUCUGAGACCAGCUUAGCCCCUUCUACCUGCCACCACCUGGGAGGCCUAAUGCACUUAGGUGUGUCUGUGAACACCUGAUUUGUUCGUUUGUUAUUUGUUUUGUUUUUGUGGUACUGGGGAUUGAACGCUAGACAGGUGCUUUACCACUGAGGUAUAUCCUCACCCCAAAAACUUAUUUUAAAAAAUCUCUUAAGAUGAACAUUGUACAAAGUGGUUAGUUGCCAUGCCAGCCUCCAGGCAGAGCCACUUGUUACCCUUACUUUUAUUUUUCCUUCUACCUGCUUUUGGGCAGUAUCGCAGUGCAAGGCUGCCUGGGCCCUGUGUGACGUGGCCCUGAGGUUCUGUCAGCGGGACCUCCAGGGAUCCCCUCCGACCUCCGCGCCAUGGCCUGUGCCUGGGGGACUUCAGUGAUAGGAGAGGCUUCUCUAUCUGGCAAGGCUGAUGGCUGAAGAGAUUAGAAACUGUAUGAAUUCAUGACCAGGGAUUUGUUUCUAUUCCCUUUGAGAAAACCAACCAAUUGCUAGAUUAGUAGAUGACUGCGUAAAAAUCUUGGCUGAGCCAAAGUCCCUUCUUGGAAAUACAAGCCAUAAAAUUCAAAGGACGUCAAAGGCCGUGGCUUGUUUAGGGGAUUUUACCCCAGCUGCAAGUAGCCAUGACACAGAGCGCUGGGACAGGAUUCCAAGACCUGCUCCUUCUUUUUUUUUUUUUUGUACCAGGAAUUAAACUGAGGACCCUGUGCUUGCCAGGCAGGUGCUUGUGCCACUGAGCUAUAUCCCUGGCCAACCUACUUGUUCUUACGUAGGUAGAGGAAAGCACCUCACAGAUGUCAGGUGUGGCGAAGAGCAGCAGCCUGCUGGGUACACCUUGUCAUCAUUUCAUCCUCAUGGUUCUUCUUCCCAUCACUACACAACUCACAGCCACCUUCCUCCAGGAUGGUGGAGGUGUAACUGACAUAGUAAAAUCCACCCCUUUAAAGCAUACAGUUCUGUGAAUUUUGACAAAUGUAUAUGGUUUUGUAACCACUACCAAAAUCCCCAUAAGAUUUCUAUAACUCUAAAAAAAACCAACAAAAUGUUUCAUACCCACCCCACUGUGGUCAGUUCUUUCUUCUCACCUCCUGACCAGACAAGCCUGAUUGAUAUUCUGACCCUAUAGUUUUGCCUUUUCUAUAUGUCAUGUAAGUGGAGUCACACUGAUGAUAUAGCCUUCUGUGGCCUAUGAUGUUGUAUGUCACAGUAGUGUGCCCCUUUUCAUUGCUGAGUAAUAUUCCAUCAUAUCAAGUGGGCCACACGACUUUCUUAUUUUUAAAGUGAAUCAUUAGCUCUGGAAGUUCAUGGCCUAGGAUCAUCAUCUUAUUUGCAUAACAACCCACUGCUUCUGACAGCUCCCAGGGCCCUCCUGCAAAUGCCAGCCAUGCCUACAAGUGGUUCUUGGGGUUUACUCCAGCAGUCCAUGUUAGGUUUCCUCCAGUGCAGCCAGCAGCCGGAGCUUGGAGGGACAUUGGCAGACAGGGUCACAGCUGCCUUUCAGAUCAGCAGCCUGAGGCUUGCAUCCCAGCUAGAAGAUCCACGCCCUCCCACGCUCUCGCUGCAGGCUCUGUGCUCCCUGAAUUGGGACUAUGAGGGGUGCGAGGUGAGAGGCCGGCACUGGACCUGGGUGCAUCAUGAUCUCUCCCUGGACCAGAGGCUUCCUGUGCCAGCUGAGGGGACUCGUUCUAGACGGGCUUUUGGGCCUCUCAGUACUGUGUUCUGUCUCCUCCCCAUCGGUUUUGUGGUUUGUACCCCGUACACAUGGCCACGCCUAACCUGGAUGUCAUCUGCACAGCUGCAUGUAGAGUGGCCUAAAACCCUCACGAGGGACACCUCUCCAUUUAGGCUGAAAUGGAACCACGGAAUGUUGUGAGCUAAGAAUGAGACCAUUCCUCCUAGGAUCCCGCCCCCCCACACACACAAAAAAGGCUGUAAGUUGUUACCUUUUGGUUCUGCCCCCAGGAGCCAAGACAGGCAUGCAGAUGGUGUCACCUCGGUCGGAUCCUAGCUGUUGCUGGAGCCUUGCUUGGCUGGUGGUCCCUGAGCCUGGCCUGUGCCUGCACCCCCUAGGGGUAGCAGAGGGCAGCAGGCAUAGGACCCAGGCAAGCCCCGGCCAGGCUGUGGGUGUGACCCCAAGGUCCUCCAAGCUGUGUCUUGAUCAUAUCCUGCUCAGUGAAGGACAACUGAAAGUCCCUGCCUGUGAACUGGGGACAUGGCUGGUGGAGGCCAGAUGACUCCAGAGCCCACGGGGCCCUGAGUGGAGAACAACUCAAGCAGUGAAUGUUGCCGGGGAGGCCUCUAUCUGCCCGCACUGUCCGGGAGCAUCAUUUGUGAUGGGAUCUUGCUGAAGGAGACGGGCCGCCUUUUGCAGCUUGAGUUAGGGUGGAAAGAACAGGUCAGACCUGUGUGUCAUUCGCCCACUUCCAGGUGCCGGGCGUGGCUGGCAGGAGAGGCAGGGAGUGUCUUGGGUGGGUGGGUGUCCUUCAGAUACUCUGGGUGGUGCUGGGGACGUCGGUCCUCUGUGGUGGGGGAGCAUUUCGAGUGAGAUUAUGGUGGUGGAAUGUGAAGGCUGAGGACCCAAGGUGCUCUCAGGGGGACAGUGUGACGUUGCGGGGAGAAGAAGAGCCUGUGGUACUGGAGGAAGAGCUAGGACUGGCCCUGCCCUGCUGCCUCAUUUGUCCCAUACCCUAAAGCCAGACCUGCAUGUGGACCCUUGUGUGCUCAUGUUAAGUGGGGGCGCUUCCCUGCCUGCACCUCCCUUGGCAAACAGACUCUCCAGCAUUGUGGCUUUCAGGCAGCUCUGUGUGGACCCAGGGGCAGACAUUCCAAGGGACACCAGCCAUCGUGGGUGACAAGGGCCCCAAAUUUGCAUCUUUUCCCUUCCCUUAAGGAGGUGAUGACCAGGUGACCAGAUGUCCCCCUUCACGGACACAAGCACAUCAGCAAGCCCUGUGAGAGUGGAAUUUUCUAACAAAAUAAACUUGCUUGUCCAGUCUGUUUUCUGUAACUUUUGCUAAAUACUUUAUACAUUUUUUAAUGUUACAAAGCUGUGUCUCCUGCCAGCAUUCCUCACACCAGUAUGAAUGUGUUCACUCCACAGUGUAUAUCCUUCCCUCCUCUGGCUGCCUAGAUCAGUAAAUAAAAUUGAUGUAAUAUAAUUUAUAAGUAACACUGUUGAAAAUCUGAUCCCCAUGGAGGGUGUAACCUGCCCCUCCCCUCCCCAUAAUAGUAUUCGUGUGUAUUAAUGCUGAAGAAUUAAAUGUUUCAAGAGUUUAAGUUUUGAAGGCGUUUGCUAUAUAUAAUUGUCCUGCAUUGAUAUAAAGUGUUUUCAGGAA